GACAUCACGUGUGCUGCUCGCAAACUGGAGCUGUUCCUCGCCAGGAUGGGCGACAAUACAUGGCUCGAUAGAAGCGGCGCGGAAGCUGUGACGCUCGAUGAGAAUGGACACCCCGAAGGCUUUGCACACAUGGACGAGUUAAACUGGAUUGAGGAUUACUACGGCGAGGAAUUUCAACCAAAACGAGGGGAAAUCCACGUGUUGGUGGUGGUUCCGGAAGGUGCCACGAGCGAACACGAUUCAUGGGCUCUGCUUCGAGAGACUAACGUUCGGCAAAUGCGGCUUGAAAUGCAACUUGAGCAACUUGUGGCCUCUUUGCCACACAAACCGUCAAACUCCUACUCUGAUGCGGCAUUGGGUCAACUUGAGCUUCGAAGAUUGGAAAAGGACCAAUUGAUCAUUGAAGUUGCGCCAAUAGGAGAUGGAGAAGCAUUUUGGUCGGAGGAAACUCAGAUUAAAGCCGACGCCAUUACGGAUGAGACUGAUUUCGACGCCUUUAUUACUCCGUAUUUCAGCGACAUCUUACACAGCUGUGGUAUGGUCUUCGUCAAUAGCGAGAGAUAUGAAUGGUUGUCCCAGUACGCAGUUGUGACCAAGAAUAAAGAUCUCAACCGGAUGGAUUUGCGACUCACCGCGGUAUGUUUCGUGGCAAGCCAGUACCAAACGAUGGAGUGCCACGUCCGAGUGGAUUUCGGUUUGGAGUAGCAGAGGAAGAAUUGUUUGACUGCCUCAUUCUAUUCGAAAGCAAGCUCACCAUAACUGAAGCUGCGUUUGGACAAGUGGCACGAUAUCUACAGAAUCUUCUCCCCGAGGCACCAGCAAGCGCUAUUCUGUUUGAUCGCCGCUCAUUUUGGUUGAUUAAAAGCCACAAAUCGGUCGUUGUCAAAGUUCAAAUUGCAAAGUGGACCAACAACGGAUCGAAAUCAUUGUUUCGGAACUUCAUUACUGACAACGUAUCUCCGUGGGUGUCGCUCUUGACUCUUGCUUGCUCGUGUUUGGGCGUCGACGUGGUGGAGGGCGAUGCGUUUCUUGGUCGUGGCGCUCAUGGACGCGUGUUUAAGGUCAUUCGACGCGAAGGGGAGGUUUUUGCACUAAAACUUGUGGAGAAAUGUUCCGUGGGACAUCUUUAUCAAGAGAAGAAGGCCUUGACGUGUGCCCAGCAUACAGGCUUGACAACAAGUCUUGUGGGAGAGGUCAUAACUCCUGAAGGUGCAGCACUAUUGCUGUCUCCAGUUGGGGAACCUCUGCCUCGCCCAAGGACACAACAAGAAGUACGAAGCCUCUUUGAACUGUUAUGGCAGCUUCACGCGAAUAACCUGGUGCAUGGAGAUCCUCGCGUGCCAAACGUGAUUCUUCACGGAGGAAAACGUCUCUGGAUUGAUUUAGUGGAAGUGAUGGAAGCGAGCUCCACUUUGAAGCGAGUUGAUGCUGAAAUUCUCACACGGUCCACCCUCAACGUUUCUCGGACAAUUGUGCUGGACCCGGCGCUGGUGCAGUUGAUUGACAAGUAUGGCGAAAGAGCUACGAAAGAAAACCUUGAUCGUCUGGCCCAGGCAGUCUGGCAAAAGUUGGUGUGUCAAAUUAGCUGCAAGUUUUCAAACUGAAUACAUGGUUACUUUCGUGGUUUUUGCUCAGUAAACUUCUCUCUCAAAGCCUGUCUAAACCGAUAGUGUCGAGAUAGUAGCGAUUUGCCUCCUUUCCUGAGCUACUUCUUACACAAUGUAUUGAUCCCGAAAAGCUCGUUGGAUAUAUUAUCCCCCUACAAUUAGUGUUACUCUGGGUUUAAUAUUUUUACGUGUUAGAGUUGCUCUGUGAUUCAGUGUUUACCAAUGAUUGGUAUGGAAUCGCAGUUUAUUAUCAUCUUUUCUGGGAC